ACAUGAAAACACUGUGCAGCUCAAUGGUGUCCCAGCCUCUGUUCUGUGCUGCUACAGAACUACACUUCCCAUCAUGCAUCCACCUCGUACCCUCCACUGACCCUGUGACUGAAAAUAAUCUGAUCAGCUGAUCUGACCUGGCAACAAAAUAACGUAGCUAGAGAGAUCUGCCAGGGAGGGGGCUGAAGAACAAAACAAUGACACUGCUCGGAAGGAUUCAAACACAGUAACACUUUUAAGACUUUUUUAAACCAACUCGCGCCGAUUUCCCUCCCAUAAACAGUUCGCGGAUCUCCGAGCUUUUACCAUCGACGGGCUGUUGUUGUUUUUGUUGAUAUGUUGUUACAGCUCAGUUGACAGACUGGGGGCUAGCUGCUUGUACGGACGGAUAUGAACUGUUAGGGCUCGCUGCCUCGAUAAUUAAAGAUUAUCUUUGGAAAAAGUUGAAACUGUCCGUCGAAACCAGCUAGCUGUGAGUUCCGUGUAAAUGCUUUGUGGACAAAUGUUCUGUUUGAGUUUCUCAGCGAGCUGUUGAGGCUCAGUUUGCUAGCUAGCCUGUUGUUAGCAUCAGCAUUUGCACAUUCAUCUCUUAAGAGAGAGUUCAUUGUCUCGAUUGGUACGAGAUAUAUGCACAUUUGUCAGUGUUACAUUUGUUUUAAUCGUUAACUUAUGACAUAUUGUAUCUAUUGUUGCAGCUCUAACACACAAAAACAAGCUAACUGAAGUAAUAAGGUAUCAGGUGUUGCACAAGAAGACGGCUGUUUCUGCUUCAUUGCCUCGCUGCCGCACAAAAUUACAUAAUUUUACAGUUUUAUUUGUUAAUAUUUUCUAAGUUGAUACUGUACAGUAUUUAGAUCAUUAGCACCAUGCAGCUGUUUUAGGUCCAUUUGUUAUAGGUCAUCUCUGUUGUCAGUAUUUCCAGAAGCUAGUCAUUUUCAUUUUUCCAAUAUAGGAAACUGCUGCUGCUGUUGUCAAGGGUGUUUCAAUAAACACUGCUCUGUAUUUAAGUUUUCCUUGUAAGAAACGAUGAGUGGCCAUGGCUCAUCUUCAGAAAAGGGAGUCAACACUAGUCUAAUAUGUCAGGAGAGUUACGCCUGUGGUGGCUCUGAAGAGGCUGCAUUUGAGUGUGAUGCAUGCAAAAGCUUGCAGUGUGUCCGCUGUGAGCUCGAGCUCCACAUCCAGGAGAGUCUGAAGAACCACGAGCGGGUUCAGAUAGGUCCCGGUCAUGUCCCGUACUGUGACAACUGCAAAGGAGGGAAUGGAGACAACAGCAAGCGCCGCAGAUCUGUGGUCCGCUGCCAGAACUGCAAACUUAACCUGUGCCAAGACUGUCAGAAACGCACCCACAGUGGAGGCAACAAGAAGAAACACCAGCUGACAUCUUACCCUCCUCCCCCCAAACCUGCAGAGGUCAGCUUGAUCCAAACAUCUGUCCCGCCUGCUGUCCACAUUGACGAUGAGAUCAAAUCUCAGAGAGCAAAACUUUUGGAGAAGAUUUCCAGUUUUCUCUUGGUGGAUGAGAAUGAGGAAAUGCAGAUAAAGGAUGAAAGUUCAUUUGUGAAGCGCCUGAGCUGCGACCCCGACCAGCUCCUUAAGGUGGUGUCCAUCUUUGGCAACACAGGAGAGGGCAAAUCACACACCCUGAACCACACGUUCUUCUUGGGCAAGGAAGUGUUCAAGACCUCCCCUACGCAGGAGUCCUGUACAGUAGGCGUGUGGGCAGCUUUUGACCCCAGCCGUAAUGUAGUGGUCAUCGAUACAGAGGGGUUGCUGGGGAACAGCUCCAAACAGGGUCAGAGGACACGUCUGCUGCUCAAGGUCCUAGCCAUUUCAGACCUCAUCAUCUACCGCACCCAUGCUGAUCGCCUCCAUGACGACCUGUUCAAGUUCCUCGGGGAUGCCUCGGAUGCUUAUUUGAAGCAUUUCACUAAGGAGCUGAAGGCGACAACAGCUCGCUGCGGCCUGGACGUCCCACUGUCCACAUUGGGCCCUGCUGUGGUCAUCUUCCAUGAAACAGUCCACACUAAGUUGCUUGGAUCAGGUAAGUCCUCUGAGUCUGUGGAUCGGCUGCUGUCCGAGCGCUUCAAGAAGCUUUCCCGGUUCCCAGAGGCCUUUAGCUCUGUGCAGUAUUGGGGCACGCAGACCCUCAACCCUCCCACUGACUUCCGCGGCCUGCAGAACAAACUGGAGCAGCUCCUUGACAACAACGCCACCCGUUCCCCUCGCACCCCUGUGGUCAUCUACAAAGCCCUGCAGGCACUGAGUGAGCGCUUUAAUGGGGAAAUUACAGGUGAGCUAGUAGCCCACAGCUGCUUCUUUCCCGAUGAGUACUUCACCUGCUCCUGCCUCUGCCUCAGUUGUGGAUCUGGCUGCAAGAACAGCAUGAACCACUUAGGAGAAGGAGCGUGCCAUGAAGCGAAGCACCGGUGUCGUUAUUCUAUUCAGUAUGAUAACCGUAUUUACACAUGCAAGGCCUGCUAUGAAGGUGGAAAGGAAGUGAUAGUUGUCCCUAAGACCUCAGCUUCCUCAGACUCCCCAUGGCUGGGUCUUGCCAAAUACGCCUGGUCUGGGUAUGUUAUUGAAUGUCCAAACUGUGGAGUGAUCUAUCGGAGCCGUCAGUACUGGUAUGGGAACCAGGACCCUGUGGAUACUGUCGUCCGUACUGAGAUCCAGCAUGUAUGGCCAGGGUCGGAUGGCUUUUUAAAAGACAACAGCAACGCAGCUCAGCGUCUUCUGGAUGGAGUCAACCUAGUAGCCCAGUCUGUGUCAGAGCUCAGCGUCAAGCCUGCGAAAGCUGUCACCUCUUGGCUGACGGAUCAGAUCGCCCCAGCCUACUGGAAACCCAACUCCCUCAUCUUGGUGUGCCAUAAGUGUCACUCAGUCUUCCAGGACAACGACACCAAACAUCACUGCCGUGCCUGUGGGGAGGGCUUCUGCGAUGGCUGCUCUUCCAAAGCUGCGCCUGUCCCUGAGAGAGGCUGGGGCCUUGCCCCUGUCAGAGUUUGUGACGUUUGCUUUGAACAGAGAGCUUCAUUCGCAGAGAUACUCGAGGCAGAGCUUGAGGAAGAAGAAGGCGGAAACUUGGCUAGAAAGGUCGGAGAAGCAGUGACCAACACUUUCGGAGUUGUGGUCACUGCUAUUGACAUCCCACUUGGCCUGGUGAAAGAUGCAGCUCGUCCUGCCUACUGGGUGCCCGACCAGGACAUCCUCUCCUGCCACAACUGCCAGUGCGAGUUCACUGCCAAGCUGUCCAAACACCACUGUCGCGCCUGCGGCCAGGGAGUGUGCGACGACUGCUCCCCGGAGCGUCGGCCGGUGCCGUCUCGAGGCUGGGACCACCCUGUGCGCGUGUGCGCCAGCUGCAACCAGAAACCUGGAGAACUUUAACGGGGGAGAAAAGCUUCCUUCCUCAGAGCACCAGAGAGAACCAGUCACUCACUCAGCUGUCGUUUUGACACAGCUUUACCUCUGUUCCUCUGAUGGUUCUGUCUUGUAUCUGUGGAGAGGAAGUUUUUAGGCUCUUACUUUAUAGGAUAUUUAGCAGAUUUGGGAUUUCAGAGUUCCUGUGGCCUUUGUAGAACAGCCAGAACAUGUGAGUUAAUUGACUGAGUGUGAAUCGUGUAUUUCCACUCUAGUUAUUCACAGAGUGAAUAUUUAGAUUUUUUUGUGACACAAAUCCCUAAUUUUACGUUCAAUAAGGCUGUGGAGCUAUUUUUCUACUAUUAGAAAAUAUAAAAAAAAUGUAUCAUUUAAAGAAUACUAGCUAGUUGAGAACCCUGCAGGGUUGGUGUGAUUAGUUUCCAGCGAUUCUUCUUGUCAAGCGUUGUUUCUCUGAUGUUGUACGUGUAAUGGCGAGGACAUAUUUUAUAUCCAUGCAGGCUUAACUGCAGGUUCCAUUGCAUGCUGUACUGCAACAUUUUUAGUUUUUGCACUAAGCCUUUUUCAGCUGUUAUAGGCUGUUUGCUUACCAUGGCCAAAUCCCAGAUAUCCACAUGAUCAGGCGGUCUGUCGCAAACCAAGCUGAAUUCUGCUACAGUCAGGUCUUGAUGCGGAUAUCUGGAGUGCCAAAAAUCAUUCAGGUCACUGUGUCUGUGCUGGUAUGAUGUUAAUAUUUUAUCAUGUACUUUGUAGUUGUAUGAAGACUGAACUACAUUAGAGUGUACAUUUGAAACGUUAAAAAUUAUUUAUGUAUUGAAAAAUAAUUAUUAGCACUCUGGCAUGCAAGGCAGUGUGAGGAAUCGAUGGCCUUUGUUUCUGUUCAGAGCUCUGAACUCUGAAUAAACCUCACCACCUCUUUUAACAAGCAGCAUUUUAAUGUUCACAUCAUAAGUUGUUUGUUUUACAUGUUUGUUUUCUUGACACUUUGAGUUUUCUAAACAUUUACUGCCUGUUGGUCGUAUUGAUAUUGUUUUGCAGAAAUGAAAAUAUCAAAAUUUGACUUCAAACCAGUUUGACAAAAUGAAACUCACGCCUCCAGGUCUCUGUAGGCACAGCCUGACAGGAAAAAGAGUCCUAUCAAAGCUUGACACUUUUUUCCUGGUAAAAAAAAAAUCUUCCUGGCAUGUUUUUUUUUUUCUGUUAUAGAUGAAAUUGUAUUGAUGUAUUAUUUCUGUUGUGACAUAAGUUACUGUAUGAUCAUUUAUAUGCUUUGUAAUGUCAUCUUUCUCCUUAUAUUGUUUUUGUCUUUCAGAACUACACAGAAAACUUGAUGCUAAAUGUUGCAAGAACAAAAAAAAAAAUCAUGAUAUUGACCCAUAUUUAGUGACUGAGAGCUUUAACUGAUCUUGCAUCUUUACUAGUUUUGAAUUGAGUGAUGAGUCCCUUUAAGGAUAUCAUACAAAGCACAAAGUGAUGCCUUUAACACGUAUGCUUGUAUUUGUUGUUAACAUUUAGAAGAAAAAAAACAAUAUUUGUGAUUGUAAGCUUUGUAGAUAAAGUUAAUCCUCUCUUUGCUCCUAACGUGGAACUUUUUGGUUCUAAUGUCUGAUGAGAAGAUGUUUUGUCUGCCUUGUCUCAAAAUAGAUUUAUGUGUCUGAAUGUUGCAUCACACACACCCCUCUGAGAUGCUAAUAUUGCACAGCAUAAAAUAGGAAUUAGAUCAUGGCAUUUGAUUUGUACUGGAGUUUAUUCCAAUGCAAUUCUGUGCAAAUGCAAAUAUUAUUGAUGUCCAUCUUUUUUUUUAUUAGCUUGGGUGCUAUCAACACUUCUCACCUACACACUACAAAUCAACAGGACUUAUUGAUACAAUUAAAGCUGUUUAAACCAACUUGAAGACAUGAUGUGUGGAUAUUUGAUGAACUGGUGGAAGAUUUGCAUAAAAUUAAAGUGAAUUCACCCCUUACCUGUCAAAAAUAAUAAUAAUCUGGAAUUGCC